GGACUCGUAUUGCUUCUUCACACGUACCACCAGCACCCCUCUCGCCUACUGGACUCUAGUGUACCAGGCUAGCUAGCUAGCAAGCUGCUGCUAGUGCUAACAGAAGAAGAAGAUGGCUCCUCCAUUGGCCGCCGCCGUGGGCCUGCUCCUCGCCGCCGCCGCCGUCGUCAGCGCGAGGGCGCCUCUGAGCCUGACUGAGCUGCAGGCUACCAACGCCACCAGCGGCGACGGCCUGUCGGUGUACUUCCACCUGGAGUCGUGCCCGCAGCUGGAGACCCUCGUCCGCUCCAACGUCGACGCCGCGCUCCGCCAGAACGUCCGCCUCACCGCCGGCCUACUCCGCCUCUUCUUCCACGACUGCUUCCCGCAGGGCUGCGACGCUUCCAUCCUCCUGGACAACGGCGAGCGCAACCUCCCCCCCAACGUGGGCCUCCAGCAGGAGGUGCUCAACCUCAUCGAGGACAUCCGCGCCAAGGUCCACGCCCAGUGCGGCGCCACCGUCUCCUGCGCCGACAUCACCGUCCUCGCCACCCGCGACGCCGUCAACCUGGCCGGCGGCCCCGCCUUCUCCGUGUCCCUGGGCCGCCUCGACAGCCUCGCGCCCGCCUCCGACAACGACGUCUUCAAGCUCCCCCCGCCCACCGCCACCGUCGACGAGCUCCUCUCCGCCUUCAACGCCGCGGGCCUCACCGACCCGGCCGACCUCGUCUCGCUCUCCGGCGCCCACACCGUGGGGAAGGCGCGCUGCAGCGCGUUCGGCGCCAUCUCCGGCCCCGCCAGCGACGACAUCACGAGGUGCAUCACGGAGCCGUGCUCGGCGGCGGGCAGCGGCGACCGGCUGCGGGACCUGGACUUCCUGACCCCCAGCGUGUUCGACAACAUCUACUUCAUCGAGCUGACGCUGAAGAAGAACAAGGGGGUGAUGCUGCCGUCGGACCAGGCUCUGGUGACGGACCCGCGCACCAGCUGGCUCGUCCAGGGAUUCGCCGACAACCACUGGUGGUUCUUCGACCAGUUCAAGACCUCCAUGAUCAAGAUGAGCAACCUCAAGGGCCCACAGGGAAACGUCGGCGAGGUCAGGCGCACCUGCUUCAGGCGCAACUCCGCCGGCUCCACCGUCCAGAACGCCGGCGACGAGGGCCUUGUCUCCCCUGCUUGAUUAAUACUCCUAUAUUGUUCACCUCCAUUGUCGAUCCGGCCGUGUCGUCGUAGCAGUUAUACUUUAUCAUUCUCCAGAGGUAGUAAGCAAUAAUGAAUGGGUGCCCCUGCGUGCACGUGGUAGGCUGCAUCUAGUCACCAUGUCGGCAUGUCGCAUUGAUGCUGUUCAACAUCACAUCACACCACACUCUUUAUCUUCCAAUAGAUCACCUUUUCCCCCUUUUUCUCAAGAAAAGAAAGAAUAAAUUACACUUGCUUGUAUCUGGUAUAUAGUCUUGUGCUGCCCUAUGGAACAUGUCCGAAUUUUCUUUGACGAGACAUCUUUGCACUGAAAUUAAUAAAAGGUUCUACUUGUUCCGUUUCAAA